UAAUCGAGACCCAGUCUCUGCAGGGUCAUAGAGAGGAGCACAGUCUGGUCUCUCCCGGUUCCUACAUCAUCGGCAACACCACCGUGGACUACCAGAAAGGGACAGACAGACAGACGCUCAGGACACAAGGACCUCUGGGAGCCGAUUACAUCAUCAAGGUGAAAUAUGCUGCUCCGAAGGACACGAUGGUCCAGUUCCUGUUCUAUCAACCAAUCAGGUACCAGUGGAGAGAGACUGACUUCUUCCCCUGCUCUGUCACCUGUGGAGGAGGUUACCAGCUGAACUCAGCAGAGUGCACAGACAUCAGGUCCAGUCAGGUGUUACCAGAGCAACACUGUAACAGCUACCCUGAGAACACCAAACCCACGCCCAAACUCAAGGAGUGCAACAUGGACCUCUGUCCAGAGAGUGAUGGCUUCAUAGAGGUGAUGCCUUAUGACCACUUUCAGCCUCUGCCACGGUGGGAGCAGGGUCCCUGGACGGAGUGUUCAGUGUCGUGUGGGGAGAGCGGCGGGCUGCAGGAGCGCAGCGUGGUGUGUGUUGAGGACGACGACCAUGGACAGAUCACUCAGGUGGAGGAGUGGAAGUGCACACACUCCCCUCGGCCAAUCACGCAGCAGAGCUGCAACAGCUUCACCUGCCCACAGUGGGUUGCCAUGGAGUGGUCUCAGUGCACAGUGACAUGUGGCCGUGGGUUGCGGUACAGAGUGGUCCUGUGUAUCGACCACAGGGGACAGCACACUGGUGGCUGUAACACAUCCCUCAAACCACAUAUCAAAGAAGACUGCCUGGUACCUGUCGCAUGCCACAAACCCAGAGAGUCAGUUCCUGUGGAGGCCAAGCUACCCUGGUUAAAACAAGCCCAGGAGCUGGAAGAACAACGCACCGCUACAGAAGAACCAACGUUAAUCCCAGGGUCGUGGUCUCCCUGCAGCGUCACCUGUGGGCUCGGCAAACAGACACGGGAGCUGAAGUGUCGUGUCCUCCUCUCCUUCACCCAGACGGAGGUAGACCUGCCCGAGGAGGAGUGCGGUGAAGAGCGGCCCCAGCUGGAGAGGCCCUGCGAUGGGGGAGCCUGUACUCUAGGCCCAGGCUUCUCUCCUGACCUCCAGGAUCCUCAAGGCCCUCACACCCAGGGUGAGGAGCCCCACCACUGGGACUACAGGGGCUUUAGUGGCUGCUCGGCCUCCUGUGCUACAGGGAGACAGACAGCAGUGGUCAGGUGUGUGAGUCGGGAGAGAGGAGGAGAGGAGGUUGACGAUUCUCUCUGUGACCCCUCUAGCCGCCCUCCAGUCAUGGGCCGCAUCUGCAACCCCGAACCGUGUCCCCCAAGGUGGGAGGUGACAGCGUGGACUCGUUGCUCUGCGUCGUGUGGGGUGGGCAUCCAGACCAGGAGUGUGUUCUGCAUGCAUGUGCUCUCCGUAGAGCAGCAGGAUAGUGUGAGUGUGUCAGAGAACGAGUGCAGGGAGUUCAGGAGCCGCCCAUCCUUCAACCCUGCAACCAGGUGGACUGCCCUCCAGCAUGGGAGACUGAGCCCUGGCAGGAGUGCUCCCUCUCCUGCGGUGGGGGUAGCCAGGUACGUAAGGUGUUCUGUAAACAGCUGUUGUCUAGGGGGCCUACUGGACACUGGGGGACACAGCAUGCCCAGGGCCAGGUUAGGAGCCCUAAUGGAGGGACCUGGGGAGGGAAACGGACUGUCUGCCCUACAUGGCCGGGGGAGAGUGGGGGAAG